AUGGAUAACGAUAGAACACGUCUAUUAACAGCCAUUGAAAUCGACUGCCGUUCUAAUUCGACGGUCAGCGACCCAAGUGACCUUCAUGAUUCUGAACUUGAACAUGCUAUGAGUCAAGAAAUGACCGAGUUGCCAGAAGUAUUCGAUUCUGAACAAGAGGCCGCUGAAAGUGCAACAGCUACAAAAGAGAACACAUUGGAUCCAAAUAAUAACAAUGACGAGGUCAACACAGAAGUCGCUAAAACUAUUCAAGAUGCUAAUGGAAACAUCACUGGACCGAUGGUUGUUGGAGAAACUUCAAGUCUAUCUGUUCUAGCUAGUUUGACUGUGGGAAACUCUUCUCGAGGUUUCCAGCCUGGCUUGUUAGGAGCUCGUCCAUUGCGGCCACGUAAGACGUCAACAUGCGCUGGACAUCUAGCAGCUCGUCAAAUUGGAUCAUGCAAGUACCCGCAUAGAAUUGUUGUAGGAGUCCAUGAAGCAAGCGUUCAAAGUAAUUCAAAGACUAUCGAUGAUGAAGCUCCAAUAGAUGUACAUGAAUGGAGAAGACAACUAGGAUCAAUUGGAACUAUCACAGUUCAGAGAGUGACACCAGGUUAUGUGGAGCCGCUUGAGAUUCGAGAGGCUCGACGGGCGGCUCAACUAGAGGCUCAAGAAGAAGAUCAACAAGAAGAGCCGGAGAAUCUAACUGAGGAAUCAGAGGAGACUGAUGAAAACGAGCAAAGGAGAGCUGCUCGCCAAGGGUUUCGCUGCGAUGAUCUGCCAAACUAUCAAUGGCAGUUUGGAAGUGUACCUCCAAGAAACUGUAGGAACUCAUCGAAUGUACAAUACAUUAGUGAGACUCGGUUCAAUGGUGACGGUGAAUAUAUCAGAGAUGAUAUGAGUGAAGAUGAGGAUGACAAUGAAUACUGGUUCCCCGAUUACCCGUUGGUAAACUUUGUUGCUGCAAAAGAUGAGGAGAGUUUUGACAUGUUCCCAAAUCUAAAGUCAGCAGCGGUGCAACAGUGCAUUCUGAAUGCCAAAGUCAUUCCUAUGCGAAUUCUUUCUCAAUUAUUCAUUUUCUUCAUUGUCGCAGCUAAAUUAAUUCAGUUCUGCCAAUCUAACGGAACGUGUCCAAUGGAUGAUGAGGCUUCUAUCAUAUUCCGCUUACAUUUUGCGGAUUUCAUCGACUACGUGUUGAGUAAUCAAAAAUACUUGAGAGAAACAGAAAAAGAAAGGAAACGAGAAGGCGUUGAGACUGAGAAUCAAGAUGAGAACGGCGAACCUCCAGAAGAAACUGAUAAUAAUGUUGGUUUCAGGUACUAA